UAUUGACCUUAUUAAUUAUAACGGGCUUUAUUAAGGUUAGUUACGAAUGUAGCCCAGUAGCACAUACAACUCAAAAUGCUCGCUCUCAUAUUUCUGCGGCUCUUUACUUGUUAGUUCCUUUUGUUUCACUAUUAUACUUUACCCCCAUUUUUUCACAUGAAUCCAGCUUGAACAUUUCUCUCUCCUCUAAAACUGCUGUAAACUCCUCCAAAAAUCCUCUAAAGCUCCUCCAAAACUCAAUCAUCAAGAAUAUCGUCAUGGUUUUCGGUUUUGAUGAUACAUUAUCGAGCAGGAAAUAUUUCAACUCUAGAACAUAAAAAGCAUAAUGGAACGGUUAAAAAUGACUUUAUGAAGAUUAUGUUAUAUAAGGACUAAGGAGAUGGUCUGGGAUUGAUGUGUUUGUGGAUCCACCUUAAAGCUAAGCAGAGCUUUAUUCAAGCAAAUGCAAAGAAGCUGAACCUAGUGAAGAUAAAGUAUCUGAAAUGGCUCUGGACUCUGCAUAGAAUAGUGAUAGAUGUGGUGAGAACUAAUAGUCAUCUUGAAUUCUACGAGGAUCAAAAAGAUUUGGCUAGGAUGUUCGAUAUUCUUGCUAUUUACGCAUGGGUUGAUCCUGAGACUGGAUAUUGCCAAGGAAUGAGUGAUUUACUGUCUCCAUUUAUCGUUCUUUUUAAAAAUGACGCGGAUGCAUUUUGGUGCUUUGAGAUGCUUCUUUGACGAACAGUUUGACUUUUUUCUUUGUUCUCAUUUGGAUAAUAAAUUGGCUUAUAUUUUGUCUAAUAUGUUUUUACUGUAUGGCUCUACCUAUUCAGAGAAAAAAAUUUUAAAUGGAAGGACAAACUAGAGUUAUGAAGUAGUUUGAAACACUUUGGCAAAUAUUAAAACUGACUGACAGAGAAAUGUUCUCACACUUAACUCACAUAGGUGCGGAAAGCCUUUAUUUUGCCUUCCGUAUGCUGCUGGUGCUUUUCUGAAGAGAAUUAUCUUUUACCGAAGCCCUUUGUAUGUGGGAGGUUUGUUCUCUUAAUUUCCUGAAAAUCACCCUUGCUGGUACAUAAUUGUUUUUUAUCCAUGAAAUUAAGAAUUUCCAGGAGACUCAAGCUAUAAAAAAAAUAUAAAAUUGAUGUUUUAAGUUUAUUUACUAGUAAUAUGAGAACAAAUAGUAGUUUUGAACAAUUAAUGUCAAAAUUUUCUCUCUCAGUUGAACCGAAUGACUCCUAUUUCACUCAUUAAUGCAGAUAAUUUGAAGUUAAUAAGAUGACCUCAAGCAUGUAUUUACACUGUCAAUGAAUGAUCUUAGCCAUAAUGCUAAGUUGGUUGAUGAUGAUAGUUGAUUUGGUUUAUGUGUGUUGGUUUUUAUUGUUGAAUUAGUAAGUGUUCAGAAUAAUAGAUCAAAGAGCUUUAUAUGCUUAUAUAUGUGCAUAUGGAACGACUAAAUAAAUGUCAAUUAUUUAAGUAUCUCUCCCUAGUAUUGUAUGAUUUAUCACUGACAGGAGCUGAGUCAUUGUGGCUUAACUGUUUUCUACGGUCCAAUAAGUAAGAAAUUUAGCUAUUGCUACUAAGAGUCAGGAUUUUAAGACUAUAAGACUAUCAUAAAUUAUUUUAAACUGCAAUGAUAGGUAUUAUCGGGAAGGGAUACUCCUUACAAAAUGUGGCAACCUUCGGUUUUUCAAAUUUUGGGAUGAACUAAGAAAUGACAAGGUACCUUUUUAGAAAUUUGACAUAGGAAAAUGAAAAGAUUAUGAGAGCCCACAAUAUUUCGGAGAUAAGUUUUGUUAGCGAUUAGGAAUUGUCUUUUUUUAAAAUCCAUAAUUUGGUGUCAAAAAAUCAAGUGAUGAUAGGAGAUCCAUUCUGAAGUCAUACAAUGUUAUUCACUUAUUUGGAGCCAAAUAUAACCAUUGCCUAAUCACAUAAUGUCCCGUGGUGACCUUGAGUUAAUGAAAAGAGCCCUGUACAUAACUAGCUAAAUUGACAGUUUAAACUUUAAAGGGAAAGUGCAUGGUUCUAACUACCCAAGUGGUUUCCUAGGAGUCUCAUAGGGUCCAUGGGAAGCACUUUGACUGCAGAAUUUGUUACUUAUCAAUGACAAAGUGCGUGUGGCUUGAACUGCAGUGAUUGAUUUGCUUCUAGAGUGUGCUAUUGCCAGUAGACUGUCAUGAUAGAAAAACUGACCUCUAGAAUAUGCAAUCAACUCUUUAACAUGUGUUUAGUUGCAACUUGCAAGUCAAUUUUCUCCUAAUGUUGUUUAAUGUCCUUUUAAUUUUGAUGGAGUUGAAUGUAUCUUGGCUAAGGUGUUAGGAAGGUUAUAAAAUAUAUGAAAUCUUUUAAUUUCUUUCCCAUGCAGAAUUCUGUUGCAAUAUCAAGUGCUCAAUGUGAACUGCAUGCUGCUAUCCCAUACAGAACAGUCAAAUUUGUGAAGCAGACAAAAUCGUCAAAAUUUGAAGGUUGACCAUUGUAUCAAUCAACUAACUAGCUUAUUUUUGUUUUUUUUAGUUAUAGAGUAUUAUUUAUUGUGAAUUGUGAGAGAAAUAUUUGUAAUUUACAAGUACAUCAAUUCAAUAUAAUUUACAAGAUGUCGCUU